AUGGCCUCUCCUGCAGAGCAGCUUCCCCCAGGAUGGGCCGCAGAAUGGGACGCGACACAUCAGCGAUACCUCUUCAUCGAAACGACCACCGGACACACUCAAUGGGAACCUCCGGCCCACCCUGGUGGACACGAAAACGCGCCCACCGGGUCUCCUCCGCCAGUCGCUCACCACGGAAAGCGUCGUCAGUACGCUGCAGGCCAAACACACGCGUACUAUGGCGGAGAUGGUCUCCCUGACCCUGCUUACGGUGCUCCUGCUCCAGGACUCCAAGCCCAGCCUCAGGGAGGACAGCUUUUCACACCCGGUCUUGUCGCAGAGAAUCAAUUCGCCGCGCAGCAAGCUCAGCAACCACCAGCGCCAGGUCAAGCGCCGUACUACGGACAGGCCGAACCGGAGUAUAUCAACGGGCCAGGCUUCAACCAACCGCAAUACGGGCAGGCUCCCGUCGAUGCGCUCGCCAACCAGUUCGGACAGAUGGGUGUCGGCCAGAAGCAAUUCCAGCUUUACACGACCAACCUCCUCACAUCACCGCCCGAACCUCGCGAGCUGCAACGUCCCCCGCCUGAAAUUCGCCUCCCGCCCAACUCGUGUGUUUCGCCCUCGCCCACCGCCAACGGCGAUCCCAGUUAUUUUAGAUCAACCAUCAACGCGAUUCCGACAACGUCAUCGCUUUUGAAUAAAUCGAAGCUUCCCCUCGCCCUCGUCAUCACGCCUUAUCGUUCGUUGAAUGAAGGAGAAGAGCCUGUCCCUCUUGUCACGGAUACGGUGAUUGCUCGCUGCCGCCGAUGCAGGACGUACAUCAACCCCUAUGUACAGUUUAUUGAUGGAGGCAAUCGCUGGCGAUGCUGUAUGUGCAACAUGACGAACGAGGUUCCUCAGCUAUUCGAUUGGGAUCAAGUUCGCAAUCAACCCGGUGACCGCUGGGCUCGUGCAGAGCUCAACCACUCUUGUGUCGAGUUCGUUGCGCCGACGGAGUACAUGGUCCGCCCACCGCAGCCUGCUGUCUACGUAUUCUUGAUUGACGUCAGCCAUACGGCCGUCCAAUCCGGCAUGGUAGCGACUGCGACAAGGACAAUCUUGGAGAACCUUGACCGUAUCCCCGACGAGGACGAGCGGACAAAAAUCGCCAUUAUCUGCUUCGACGUGUCGCUCUACUUCUUCUCUUUGCCUCCCGGUACUACCGAGUCAUCCAUGCUCGUCGUCUCUGACGUCGACGACGUCUUCCUGCCAAAGCCGAAUGAUCUCCUCGUGAAUGUUGCAGAAGCUCGUGCGUCAUUAGAGGCUCUCCUUGGCAAAAUCGGGGAGAUGUUCCAGGAAAACAGCAUCAUUGGAAGCGCUAUGGGUCCAGCCCUACAAGCGGGUUUCAAGCUGAUGGCGCCUAUUGGUGGCAAGAUUAUCGUAUUGUCCUCUACUCUCCCUUCGGUCGGCGCUGGUGCCCUUAAGAAUAGAGAAGACCCCAAGAUCCUCGGCACUGCCAAGGAAUCUGGCCUGCUGCAAGCCGCCUCGCCGUUCUACAAAACUUUCGCCAUUGAGUGCUCAAGGACGCAAGUUUCGGUCGACAUGUUCUUGUUCAGCUCUGCCUACCAGGACGUCGCUACUCUUGCCUGCUUGCCUCACUACACCUCUGGUCAGACAUACUAUUACCCUGCCUUCAACGCUGGUCGGACGGAGGAUGCCAUGAAAUUCGCACACGAGUUUGGAGAGGUCCUCGCUCAACCUAUCAUGUUGGAAGCGGUUAUGCGUGUUCGUGCAUCAAGAGGUUUGCGCAUGGCCUCAUUCCACGGCAAUUUCUUCGUCCGUUCGACUGACCUUCUGGCUAUGCCUGCGGUUCCUCAAGACCAGUCCUACGCCAUCGAGGUGCAGAUCGAGGAAGCAAUUACAACUCCCUUCGUUGUCUUCCAAACUGCUGUUCUCCACACAACUUGCUAUGGCGAGCGCCGUAUUCGUGUCAUCACCCUCGCGGUGCCCACAACGACGAACCUCUCAGAAGUAUAUGCCUCGGCUGACCAGAUCGCCAUCGUCACCUACUUCGCGAACAAGGCCGUCGAGCGCUCAUUGACGCACAAGCUCGAAGAUAGCCGCGACUAUAUUUUCGCGAAGCUCGUUGAGAUCCUGGUAGCGUACAAGACGAGCAUGACUUCAAGUGGAGCAGGUGCUAGCGCACAGUUGGCCAUCUCGGACAACUUGAAGAUGCUGCCUGUGUUGGUACUGGGUCUGUUGAAGAACGUUGGCAUUCGUCAAAGCGCUCAGAUACCUCCCGAUAUCCGCGCAUACUCCCAGGCUCUGCUAACCUCGUUGCCCUCCCAACUGCUCAUUCCUUACCUCUAUCCUUCGUUCUAUGCCCUGCAUAGUAUGCCUCCUGAAGCCGGCACAAUUGGAGAACAAGGUGUCAUCCUCCCUCCUGCGCUUCCUCUCACUUCAGAACGACUUGAGAGGCACGGUCUCUUCCUCAUCGAAGAUGCCCAAACCAUCUUCCUUUGGGUCGGCCGAGAUGCAGUACCACAACUCAUCAUGGACGUCUUCGACCUGCCGAGCUACGAAGCCCUGCGCGGUGGCAAGACAACCCUUCGUGUCCUCGAGAAUCCCUUCUCUCAGCGCGUCAACGCCGUCAUCCAGAAGACCCGCGAGCUACGCCGCGGAGUGUACUACCCCCACCUCUACAUCGUCAAGGAGGACGGCGAGCCGCCGCUCCGCCUCUGGGCCCUUAGCAUGCUCCUCCAGGAUCGUGCAGAUGUACUGCCGAGCUACCAGCAGUUCAUCUCAUCGCUAAAAGACAAGGUGAUGCAAAGUGGCGGAGGUGGAGGAUAUUGA